GCCGAGUUACUCACACCCGGCCAACCGGCCAAACACCCAACAAGGCGCCCAGAUUUCAGAGCAUCUGUGGGACUGAGAUGCUGCCGCACGGAAUAAGGGGAUCCUCAAAAAGGUCUGGGCUCGAAGACAUGGGAAACCGGGCCGCUAUAGAACAAGACAUACUGGAUGACAGGGAGCCCAUCAAUUUCCAGCUCGGCGGAGCAUGCAACAAACAUUGCAAAG